AAUUCGUAGUAUUUUUAAAGUGUCUUCCCAUUGCUAUGAAGAGGCAUGGCAGCCCGCUGAAGAACCUCAGGAGCAAGUGCGAUGAUCAGAUCGGGGAGCCCCACUUGGUUAGGCCCUCGCCACGUGUCAGCAGGCGAUUGGCGGAACCGCAGCCGAAGAAAUGUGUGCUCUAUAGCACGGACGGUGAGAAGUCGGCUGUGAUCUGCAACUUUGAGAAACGUGGCUGGCAACAGGUGCCGUCGGUCAACGGGGAAUGGAACUUCUACUGGGCCUGCACCCAAACCUGUCGCUACAUCUUUGGCAUCGAUCAGCCCUAUCGCAUGCGAUCCGACCAAAUCAUUAACCACUUCCCCAACUCGAUGGAGCUGUCGCGAAAGGAUCUGCUGAUCAAGAACAUCAAGCGCUAUCGCAAGGAUCUGGAGCGCAAGGGCGAUCCCUUGGCCCAGACCUUCUCGCACACCAUGAAACUGGGCAUAGGGGGCACGCGCUACAUGCACCUGGAUAUCGUACCGAUGACCUUUAUCCUGCCCACCGACUACAACCUGUUCGUGGAAGAAUUCCACAAGAAUCCGGCCAGCACGUGGAUCGUCAAGCCCUGCAGCAAGUCGCAGGGCAACGGAAUUUUUCUGAUCAACAAGCUCUCCAAGCUGAAGAAGUUCGCCUACGAGGCGCGCACCUUCUACCCAUUGCUGAGCCGCAACACCAGUGUCAUCUCCAAGUACAUAGACAAUCCCCUGCUCAUCGGCGGCAAGAAGUUCGAUCUGCGCCUGUUCGUGCUGGUGACCACGUUUAAUCCCCUAAAAGCCUACCUCUACAACGAGGGGUUCUGUCGCUUUUGCACGGAAAAGUAUGACCACACGGACAUCAACAACGUUUUCAUGCAUCUGACCAAUGUUAGCAUUCAGAAGACGAACCAAGAGUACAAUUCGAUUCAUGGCGGCAAGUGGCCUGUCCAGAAUCUUUGGCUCUACCUGGAUAGCCUGCGAGGCGGAGGCGUCUCACAAAUUCUCUGGCAGCGCAUCUCCGAGACGAUACGCCAUUCCCUGGACGCAGUGGCCCCAGUGAUGUCCAACGAUCGGCACUGCUUCGAGGUCUAUGGGUAUGACAUCAUCAUAGACAAAAACCUGAAGCCCUGGCUGAUCGAGAUCAACACCUCGCCAUCGAUGCACGCGACCACUCCAAACGAUCGCAUGCUCAAGUCUCGCCUAAUAGACAAUGUCCUAGACGUGAUUGUGCCUCCCGGUGGCAUUCCCGACGAUCACUGGGACAAGUCGCCCGAUCCCAGUCUACUCACCAAUUUCACUGUGCUGAAGCCCGUCGUGAGGAAGAAGGAUGCGCCAGCACCCCCGCCCACGGUAUCGCCUCAUGGGAAUUCCCUAAAGAAGCGCAGAAUCCAUUCAGCCAAGAAGAAGCGCACCCCCGUAGCCCCCCCGGUGGUCCAAGCUGCUGCAGAGCAGACCGACGAUGAGGAGGAGGGACCCAUCAAAAGCAGCAAGCUUCCAAUGCAACGGGCUACGGCACAGGCGCCACCCAUCGUCAAGACUAGGAUCAUCCACCGGUGAAUAUACGAUAUAUGUAUG